AAAGUUGAUUUUAUUCAGAGAGGCAGCAAAGUUAAUUUAAAAUCCAUCCGUUCAUGCCAUGCGCGAUAAACUCGCCCAAAUAUUCUGCUCCCACCAGAGAAGCGCACGCAAAACCAGCUCAGAAAGUCUACAAGGACAUAAUAAUGUGUCAGUUAAGCAGUCAGAAAAGUGCAGCAUCGAAGAUGGGACAACGGGUUCCGAUGGCAGCUUUGGGCAUGGGGCGCCCGAAACGGCAGAGACCGACUCAUCAGGGACCGGGGGGAUGCGGGACUCGCUGGAGGGGCCGGGCUCAAAGGCGAACGACAUUGUUCACCUCCAGAGACGGGUGGGACUCUUCAGUGGGGUGGCUUUAAUUGUCGGAACGAUGAUAGGGUCUGGAAUAUUUGUAUCGCCUUCUGGUUUAUUGGUGAGAACUGGUUCCGUUGGCGUGAGCUUCGUCAUAUGGCUGGCAUGCGGUCUACUCUCAUUAUUAGGUGCGUUGGCGUAUGCGGAGUUGGGCACCAUGAAUACAUCAUCCGGUGCUGAGUGGGCGUACUUCAUGGAUGCAUUUGGAGCACCACCAGCUUUUCUGUUCUCCUGGGUCAGCACGUUGGUGCUGAAGCCCUCUCAAAUGGCAAUAAUCUGUCUCUCGUUCGCCCAGUAUGCCGUCGAAGCGUUCGUAUCAGAGUGCGAUCCCCCGAUAGCGGUUGUGAAGAUGGUAGCGGUCCUGGCAAUAGUGUGCAUUCUGUUCGUGAAUUGCUACAGCGUGAACUUGGGCAUGGCAGUGCAGAACAUCUUCACGGCGGCUAAACUCGUGGCGGUCCUCAUCGUGAUCCUGGGCGGCGUGUACAAACUGUUCCAAGGUAAUACGCAACAUCUACAGAAUGCAUUUACAGGACCAACGCCAUCCUUCGGUGUGAUCGCCACGGCAUUCUACACCGGCCUCUGGGCUUACGAUGGCUGGAACAAUCUCAACUACGUCACGGAGGAGAUCCAGAAUCCCAGCAAGAACUUGCCGCGCUCGAUCAUCAUUGGCAUUCCUCUGGUGACUCUCUGCUACGCUCUAAUAAAUGUCUCCUACUUGGCAGCGAUGUCCGCCUCUGAGAUGAUCGAGUCCGAGGCCGUGGCGGUGACCUUCGGGAAUCGCAUCCUGGGCGCCUUUGCUUGGCUGAUGCCGCUCAGUGUGACGAUCAGCACCUUCGGCAGCGCCAAUGGAACUCUCUUCGCAGCCGGACGUCUGUGCUUUGCCGCCAGCCGUGAGGGGCAUCUCCUGGACAUACUUUCCUAUGUCCACGUGAGACGUCUCACUCCGGCUCCAGGACUCAUAUUUCACUCCUUGAUCGCGGCUGCCAUGGUGAUCUAUGGAACCAUCGACACCCUCAUUGAUUUCUUCAGCUUCACGGCCUGGAUCUUCUAUGGUGGUGCUAUGUUGGCCUUGAUUGUGAUGCGCUACACCAAACCCAACUAUCCGAGGCCCUACAAGGUGCCAAUUAUCAUUCCAUUGUUGGUUCUGGUGAUCUCGGCGUAUUUGGUGGUUGGCCCAAUUGUUGAUAAACCUCAGAUCGAGUACCUGUACGCGGUGGGUUUCAUAUUGGCCGGACUGAUUGUCUACGUGCCGUUUGUCCACUAUGGCAUUCAAAUCAAAUUCAUGGACAAAGUCACAAUAUUCUUUCAAAUGCUCCUCGAAGUCGUGCCCACAUCGACAAUGGCCAUGUUCGAUUGAGGGGCGCGAAUUUAUUGUGCCCAAGUGCACGGUAUUCUGCUU